AUGGCUUCAGACACAGACAGGACACUAGACUUCACUGGCCUUCCACCGCUCCCAGAAUUGGUUGCGGACAGAGAAUCAUCUUUUGUUGCUGAAUCCAAAACUGUCCAGGUUCCUGUUGCAGGCAAAACUAUAAAGAUUUAUACAGAGGAAGUGAGAAGGAAAGAUGGUGAGUCUUUGCUUGAUGUCCUCUUCCUCCAUGGAAUGAGGUUUUCCUCUAAGAACUGGCUGGACAUAGGAUCCCUGCACCAUUUAGCAAACUGGGGCUACAGGGCUGUGGCUGUUGACUUGCCAGGUUAUGGUCGAAGCAUAAACACACUGGAAGUGGAGCAUAAUGCAGAUUUUUUGGGAUGUCUGAUCUCGGUUCUGAAACUCAAACGCCCUGUGAUUGUGUCGCCAUCCAUGAGUGGAGAAUUCUCCCUGCCCUACUUGUUCGAUGAUCCCACUACUAGCACAGAUCGAGCAGUGGCUUAUGUUCCUGUAGCUCCAGUCCUGACAUCAAAGUUUGUUGAUCAGUUCAAGAAAAGUCAGAUUCCAACUCUCAUUGUGGUUGGCACCAAUGACACUGUCAAUGGUAAGGAAAGUACUGCAGAUCUCAGGAAGCUACCAAACAGCAUCUAUGCUCCCAUAGAAGGAGCCAGCCACCCAUGUUACCUGGACAACCCAGAAGCCUGGCAUCGACUGCUUUAUCACUUCCUGAAGCAGAUAAGUGGCCCGUGA